AUGCGUCGAAACUAAAUGAUCGUGUGGCGCUACAAGGUUAAUUGUGAUGUCAUCAUUCUGCGACAGAACACGCGCACGGGCAUGUCAGCACGGCAUGUUAGAGCAAACGGUGUACCUGUGUUAAAAUGCGUACAGAGACUGGGCAGCUCUUUACUGCGUGGGAAUUGUUUUAAAAGCAGACUUGUACCUGUUGCUGUUUCUUCCUUGUGGGAUGGAAUCGGUGUUAGCAGUAAUAUAACGAAACGUAAGCAGACCCGGAGAGAUUUACACACCACACACAGUGUUUUCAAAGCAAAGUACCGACCCAAGUUCAGCAUCAUGGAGACCAAAGAGUUAAACACUGCAGAAAUAGGAAAGGAGCAAGAAUCGAGUGUGAGUGAGAGCAAAGAAGUAAAGGAAGGCUGCAAGAAAAGGAAAAGCGAAGACCCCGAGGAACACGAGAGAAACAAACGAGGUAAGAAACGAAGGGGAAGCAAACAGACCAAACCUGGAGAUAGAUAUGUUCCUCCACCACAAAAACGCAACCCAGGAGUGAGUUUUAACCAAGAACACUUCGCAGAAACGUCGUACUACUUUGAGGGAGGACUUAGAAAAGUGCACCCUUAUUAUUUCGAUUUUAAGACUUACUGUAAGGGACGUUGGAUCGGUAAAACACUGUUAGAAGUUUUCAGCAGUGAAUUUCGCACAGAACCACUAGACUACUAUAAGAAAGCAGUGAAAGAGGGACGUAUUCGACUGAAUGAAAUACCUGUGGACGACCUGGAUAUCACACUGAAGAAUAAUGACUUCAUGAGGAACACUGUGCAUCGGCACGAGCCCCCUGUAAACGGGCAGCCACUGCAGGUCUUAGUGGACGAUGGUGAAGUGGUAGUGGUAGACAAACCUGCCUCUCUGCCUGUACAUCCAUGUGGCCGCUACCGCCACAACACCGUCAUCUUCAUUCUGGGGAAAGAGAGAGGUCUGUGCGGCCUUCACACUGUGCACCGUCUUGAUCGACUCACCUCGGGCAUCCUUCUGUUUGCCCGCACUCUGGAGAUGUCCAAGAAACUGGACCAGAUGGUUCGGGAUCGACAGUUGGAGAAGGAGUAUGUUUGUCGUGUGGAGGGGGAGUUUCCUGACACUGAGGUUGUGUGUGAAGAACCAAUUCUGGUAGUCUCAUUCAAGGUGGGUCUCUGCAGAGUGGAUCCCAAAGGCAAAGACUGCCGCACAGUUUUCCAGAAACUCAGCUAUAACGGGCGCUCUAGCGUGGUGCGCUGUCUGCCACUCACAGGGCGCACGCACCAGAUCCGCGUGCAUCUCCAGUAUCUGGGAUUCCCCAUCCUCAACGACCCCAUUUAUGGCUCUUCUGCUUGGGGCCCGAACAGAGGCAAGGGAGGCCUGGUGGGUAAAAAUGAUCAGGAGCUGCUGGAAGCUCUUAUUGAGGAGCACCGUUCCAAGGAGAGUUUACACCUCUUGGAUAUCUCCGAUGAAGUGUUAUCAGGAAACAGCGAGCCUAAUGCGGGCACCAGUGGCGGUGCUGUGGUUAACAGUGCCCUGACGGACAUAGUGGAAUCUGUUAAGACUGUAUGUGAAGAAUCAACUACAAAUGCAACUUCAAAUGACAAUGAAGCAGAAACGAAUAGUACAGAGGCAAAAGAGAGCAGUUCUCAAUCUGAGAAAUUAUCCACAACUGCAAACGUGACCAAGGUAGUCCGAGAUCAUUUAUGUUCGGAGUGUAAAAUUGUCCGGCCUGACCCUACAGAGAAGGAGUUGGUCAUGUACCUGCAUGCAUUACGCUACAAGGGGCCUGACUUUGAGUAUUCCACACAAUUGCCUGAUUGGGCUAAAGAAGACUGGGUGCAGGAUUGAAAUCCAUUUUUACAUUAUUUUCUGUUCUUUUUAUGAAUAUUUAAUCUGUAAAAAAAAAAAAAGUGUUAAUAGAAAAUGGCUGGCAUUUUGAUUUGCGUUUAGAAUUAGAACUGUGAUCGAACCUUUAGGUGAAAAUUUCAGUAAAAGCAGUUUUAAUAAAAAAAAAAUUCUGUAACCAUUCAAAAAGCUGAGUUAAAAAACAAUCUGCGGAAAUAGACACCACAAUUUAGACACUCAAUUGCUCUGUGAUCCAGGUAAUGGGUCAGUAAAAUAUAAAUCUUUAUUGACUUUCUCAGUCACAUUUACAUAAUAGUUCAUUCUUAAUACUUUAACUCUGACAUCACAUAUCGACAUAAAACAAUUUUAGAACAGCAUGUUUCUGAAACGUGACAUCACUAUGUGCAUAACAAAUUAUUGUUACUUUUUACAUUUGGCACUUUGUACACUAGAAAGGUGUGACAGCAUUCCAGACAUUUUGGUCACUGGCAUACUAAUAAAACAUUGAGUUUAAUAAAAUGUAGUAAUUGAAAGGACUAGAAAGGCUAUUCAACAAUGCAGCCAUUAGUAAUCCACUUCAAUGUGUGAAUGCUUGAUCAACUGACCAGCAGCACUAGUUGCACAAAUAUGGCAAAGGAGCAAAUUCUUUAAUUAAAAAUGUGGCUUUUUUUUUUUUUUUUUAAAUUAAAUGGCUUUUUAUUUUUGCUUUUUUACAUUCCAUAGUCAUUCAGUAGUGACUAUUGAUAAACAAAUGUGUUCAUUUUAUUUAAAAAAAUAAUAAUAAUGUAUUCAGAAAUUACCAAGUCAUUGCUCACAACAUGGCACCACACUUCACAGCAAGAAAACCUGUCUUGGUACUCUAAUGAUCGUACGACAUUCGAACAAGUAAUGGCAUAUAAAGACAAGACAUUAAUGUGUGGAGCAGAAAAUAGCUUUUACUGCAUGCUUAUGUCAGAUGUUAGUUGACUGACUUGGUAGCUGUUUACUUCUGACUGCAGAAGUAAAAUGUUAAAGGUUUCUUUUUCACUGUUCUGAGAAAAAUGCUUUUAACAUCAGGUAAAGUAAUGAAAAAAUUGAAAGUUUUACUUUUCAAAAGACUGUACAAAUGUUCUAACUACUUUCAUAGUACAUUUACAACUGGAAUAUUGGUUUUCUCACAUGGAGUUACAAAGUUUCUAACUAAAUUAAAACUAAAACGUGUGUUAGUGUACGUCUACAGCAAAUAUAACCUUAAAGCAACCUAACCUGAUAAAACAGGUAUUUAACAAUAAUUCAUUUAGACAUUCUGAGAAACCAAAUGUGACUCUACCCACCCCCCAGGAGAUCAGGCCCAUCAGCUGUGGAAUGUUUGAGUAGCAUAUUUGGGUACGAGACAUGUAAUGAACAAAUUUCUUAGCCAAUAAAUGAGUAAGAUUUUAUUCCACGUUAUUUUGGGCCGUUUGUAUUGGGCCAUUUAUCAGGAACUAAAUAUAAAUAUAAAGGGUAAACUGCCUUUUUUUGUUAACUGAAAGUCAAUUUUAAAUAAGAAAGAAUGUGUAUGGCUUCAUUUAUUUGUAGAUUGAUAUGUUGACUUUGACACUCAAUGUAAAAAAUAAUUUUACACUGUAAAUCUGAUAUAAUCUAAAUACCAAGCACAAUGCAUAAGUAAAGAGACUGUAAUACAUCAAAUACAAUUCUGGGAGUUGAGUCUUCUGUAUGACAUGUAAAAAUAAAUAAUUAUAUUA